AUGGCGCAUGCUGGCGGCGGCAGCAGCGGCGGCGGCGGGGGCCCCGCGGGCCGGGGGCUGAGCGGCGCCCGCUGGGGUCGCUCGGGCUCCGCGGGUCACGAGAAGCUGCCGGUGCACGUGGAGGACGCCCUCACCUACCUGGACCAGGUGAAGAUCCGCUUCGGCAGCGACCCUGCCACCUACAACGGCUUCCUGGAGAUCAUGAAGGAGUUCAAAAGCCAGAGCAUCGAUACGCCUGGAGUCAUCCGACGCGUGUCGCAGCUCUUCCACGAACACCCUGACCUCAUUGUUGGAUUCAACGCUUUCCUUCCCCUCGGGUACAGAAUAGACAUUCCCAAGAACGGCAAGUUAAACAUACAGUCGCCUCUGUCCAGCCAGGAGAAUUCGCACAACCACAGCGACUGUGCAGAGAACUUCAAGCCACAGAUGCUGUAUAAGGAGGACAAGCCGCAGGUGCCCUUGGAGUCAGAUUCCGUGGAGUUCAACAACGCCAUCAGCUACGUGAACAAGAUUAAGACCCGUUUUCUGGACCACCCAGAGAUCUACAGGUCAUUCCUGGAGAUCCUGCACACUUACCAGAAGGAGCAGCUGAGCACAAAGGGCCGGCCAUUCCGCGGCAUGUCUGAGGAGGAGGUGUUUACCGAGGUGGCCAACCUCUUCCGGGGCCAGGAGGACCUGCUGUCCGAGUUUGGACAGUUCCUGCCUGAAGCCAAGCGGUCCCUGUUCACAGGAAAUGGGCCGUGUGAAAUGAACAGUGUCCAGAAGAGUGAACAUGAGAAGAAUCUGGAACACAGCAAAAAGCGCUCUCGGCCCUCGCUCCUCCGUCCGGUGUCUGCACCAGCCAAGAAGAAAAUGAAACUCCGAGGUACCAAAGACCUGUCCAUCGCUGCCGUGGGGAAGUAUGGCACCCUGCAGGAGUUUUCCUUCUUUGACAAGGUUCGCAGGGUACUGAAGAGCCAGGAGGUCUACGAGAACUUCCUCCGCUGCAUCGCGCUCUUCAACCAGGAGCUUGUGUCCGGCUCCGAGCUCCUCCAGCUCGUCAGCCCGUUUCUCGGGAAAUUUCCAGAACUCUUUGCACAGUUCAAGUCCUUCCUGGGGGUGAAAGAGCUGUCAUUUGCCCCGCCCAUGAGCGACAGAUCCGGGGAUGGAAUAAGCCGGGAAAUUGACUACGCGUCUUGCAAGCGCAUUGGAUCCAGCUACCGAGCGCUCCCCAAAACCUACCAGCAGCCCAAGUGCAGUGGGAGGACGGCCAUCUGCAAGGAGGUAGUGCUCCCUGGCGGCUCCUGUCAGCUUACGUGGUGCAUCACAGAAUUCAAGAGUGCUUGCUGGAUUUCAGGAUAUAGAGUGCUGAACGACACCUGGGUCUCUUUCCCCUCCUGGUCCGAGGACUCCACCUUCGUCAGCUCCAAGAAGACCCCCUACGAAGAGCAGCUGCACCGUUGUGAGGAUGAGCGUUUUGAGUUAGAUGUUGUCCUGGAGACCAACCUGGCCACGAUCCGCGUGUUGGAAAGUGUGCAGAAGAAGCUCUCGCGGAUGGCACCUGAAGACCAGGAGAAGUUCCGGCUGGACGACUGUCUGGGGGGCACAUCGGAGGUGAUCCAGCGCCGCGCCAUCCACCGCAUUUACGGUGACAAGGCUCCAGAGAUCAUCGAGAGCCUCAAGAAAAACCCUGUCACUGCCGUCCCCGUCGUCCUGAAAAGGCUGAAGGCCAAGGAGGAGGAGUGGCGGGAGGCCCAGCAGGGCUUCAACAAGAUCUGGCGGGAGCAGUACGAGAAGGCGUAUCUCAAGUCCCUGGACCAUCAGGCCGUAAACUUCAAACAGAACGACACCAAGGCCCUUCGCUCCAAGAGCUUACUCAACGAGAUCGAGAGCGUCUAUGACGAGCACCAGGAGCAGCACUCCGAGGGCCGUAGUGCCCCCUCCAGCGAGCCGCACCUCAUCUUCGUGUAUGAGGACAGGCAGAUCCUGGAGGAUGCGGCCGCCCUCAUCAGCUACUACGUGAAGCGGCAGCCAGCCAUCCAGAAGGAGGACCAGGGCACCAUCCACCAGCUGGUGCACCAGUUCGUGCCCAGCCUCUUCUUCUCCCAGCAGCUGGACCUGGGCGCGUCUGAGGACUCCGCCGAUGAGGGCCGGGGGAGCCCCCAGGGCCAGAGCGCUGACCCCGCUGACCGGAAGAAGCCAGCGCCAGGGCCACAGAGCAGCCCCCCGGAGGAGAAGGGGGCCGUGGGCGAGCCGCCGGCCGCCGAGCAACCACCACAGCAGCACAAGCCCCUGGACGAUGUGUAUAGCCUCUUCUUCGCCAACAACAACUGGUACUUCUUCCUGCGCCUCCACCAGACUCUCUGCUCCAGGCUGCUGAAGAUCUACCGCCAGGCGCAGAAGCAGCUCCUGGAGUAUCGGACCGAGAAGGAGCGGGAGAAGCUGCUCUGUGAGGGCCGCCGUGAGAAGGGCAACGACCCAGCCAUGGAGCUGCGGCUGAAGCAGCCAAGUGAGGUGGAGCUGGAGGAGUACUACCCGGCCUUCCUGGACAUGGUGCGGAGCCUGCUGGAGGGCAGCAUCGACCCCACGCAGUACGAGGACACGCUGCGUGAGAUGUUUACCAUCCACGCCUACGUGGGCUUCACCAUGGACAAGCUGGUGCAGAGCAUCGCCAGGCAGCUGCACCACCUCGUGAGCGACGACGUCUGUCUGAAGGUGGUGGAGCUCUACCUGAACGAGAAGAAGCGGGGUGCCGCGGGGGGGAACCUGUCCUCCCGCUGCGUGCGCGCCGCCAGGGAGACUAGCUACCAGUGGAAGGCCGAGCGGUGCAUGGCCGAUGAGAACUGCUUCAAGGUGAUGUUCCUCCAGCGCAAAGGGCAGGUGAUCAUGACCAUCGAGCUUCUAGACACCGAGGAGGCCCAGACAGAGGACCCCGUGGAGGUCCAGCACCUGGCUCGGUACGUGGAGCAGUACGUGGGUACCGAGGGGGCGUCCAGCUCGCCCACUGAGGGCUUCCUCCUGAAGCCCGUGUUUCUGCAGAGGAACCUCAAGAAGUUCCGCAGGUGGCAGUGUGAGCAGGUGCGCGCCCUGCGUGGCGAGGCCAAGAGCUCCUGGAAGCGGCUGGUCGGGGUGGAGAGUGCCUGCAACGUGGACUGCCGCUUCAAGCUGAGCACCCACAAGAUGAUGUUCAUCGUCAACUCUGAGGACUACAUGUACCGCCGCGGGACCCUCUGCCGGGCCAAGCAGGUACAGCCCCUGGUCCUGCUGCGCCACCACCAGCACUUCGAGGAGUGGCACGGCCGCUGGCUGGAGGACAACGUGACGGUGGAGGCGGCUGGCCUGGUGCAGGACUGGCUGAUGGGCGAGGAGGACGAAGACAUGGUGCCCUGCAAGACGCUCUGCGAGACGGCGCACGUGCACGGGCUGCCGGUGACCCGCUACCGGGUGCAGUACAGUCGCCGUGCGGCCUCGCCCUGACUCCGUCCGCGGCCGCUGCCCCGGCGCACAGCUGCACCGGGCGCUUUCACGAACCAGCUGAGGGGCGCGGAGCGACCCCCAGCCUCGCUGCUACAGGCUGCGAGCGCCCGAGAACGGUGGGGUUGUGUUGGCUUGUGGCCCCGUGCUGCCAUCCCUUUCGGCUUCCCUGCUUCCUUUGGGCCCGUCCUGUGCCAAACCUGAGUCCUUCCUGCCCUUGAACUCGGGGGGGCUCACUCCCUGCUGGAAGGGGGAGGAUCCACACGCGAGCCAAGGAGCAAGUGAUUGCCUUUAUGCACCUGCUGGGCCGCUUUCGUCACACGUGCCAAAUCCCCAGGCGGGGGCACCACCGGUCCUUUUGUGCAUACAGUGUCUGGAAAAGUCCGUGAUGAACCGGGCGGGGGCGUGU